AAUCCAAUGGUUGCUUUGUGCAAUUCCACUUGUGCGCUUAAAACAGCAGCGACAGUGGUAAUUAGACUUCAGUUGUUAACCGGGUUCCGCACCAAUUGUAUGCAUAGCGGCGAGCGGAUUGUGCGCGCUUCAAGAAACCCACAAUGAAAUCCACAAAUUUUCUGUUAUUCGGAUUACUAGUGACAUUACUACAAGCGUUUGGCAGUGUAAAAACCUCAAAUAUACUCAGUUUAAUCGAGAUUGUACCGGAGGAUGAGCAAAUUUGGCACGAUGCACUUAUCAAGGGGCUCACCGACAGAGGUCAUAAAGUUACGGUAGUGAGCGGCAGCAGUACAAUGAACUCGAAAUCACCACUAUUUACGAAAAUACUAUUGGAACUAGUGGAACCAGCUUUGUUGGAAUGGAGAGAUGAACAUAAUCACUUCACGAACAAGUGGCUCAGUCCGUUCGGGCGUGUGCUGCAUUGGUAUGAUAAACAAAUAAGGAUUUGUAAAGGUGUACUAACCUCCGACGGCUUGCUAGAGCUUGUAGCACUCGCUAGAGGGACCGGUUUGGAGGAGCCAUUCGAUGUGAUACUCUAUGAUGCAACUCAUGGACGUUCCUGUAUUUUGGCCUUAGCGCAACUCUUUGAGCAUGUGCCUAUCGUUGGGGUGAGUGCGUCGCAUAUUACACCGGAUUUGUUGAAAAUCGUACGCGGCGCACAACAACAACCGGCCACAGUGCCACAUUUUACCAGCGCACAUACGGAGCACAUGAACUUUUUCGAGCGGCUGCAUAAUACAUUUGUUUAUGCGUACGCUAAUUUCUAUGUGAAGUACACAGUGACGCCGGUGCAGCAAGCGCUCCUCGCGCAAGAUGAAGCAUUACAAGCGGCGCACGUGAAUCCAAUUUUAGAUGAUACGAGCGAUCGCAUUAAGAUCGUGCUGGUUAACGAUCAUCCGGCAAUAAAUUAUGUGCAUUCGCUGCCGCCAAAUGUCAUCCAAGUUGGCGGUUUGCAAUUCGAUAAUGUCAACCGUCCACUCUCGGUGGAAAUGCAAACAUUUAUUGACAACUCCAGGGAUGGUGUUAUCAUCAUAACUCUGGGUGGUGAAAUGCUCACGCAAGAUCUCAUAGAUAUUGUACUCCGCACAAUUGCUAGCUUCCCGGAAUAUGGUUUCAUUUGGGGUAUUAAGAAGAAUCGAAUACCAGCUGGUGAGAGGAAAAACCUCUAUGUUGAAAAAUGGCCAAAGAAGAGUAAUAUUUUGGAGCAACGUAAAGUGAAAGGUGUCAUCACGGGCGGCAGUCAUAUGGAGAUGCAGGAAGCUGUCUACAAUGGUGUACCCAUCAUUGCAAUAAAGAACGCCGUGCACGAGACAAGUAUCGCCACACGUGUAGAAUCUUUCGGUCUCGGUCUAAGCGUUGAUCUAACUUCAAUCCCUGAUAACUUAAAAACAGCCAUUAGAACGUUGACUUCAUAUCAAAACUGUACACUGUAUGUAAAAGCUCGACAGAGUGCGUUCCGCAAUCGCUUGCAUGAUCCUUUAGAAGUCGCACUCUGGUGGAUUGAAUUUGUUAUCGCGUAUGCCCACGGGACUGAUUACUUGUACUCGACAGCCGUGGCCGAAUCGUGGUUUCUUACUUUACAUUCUUUGGAUGUUGUUGCGGUGGUUGUCAUCUUCUCGACAAUAUUCAUCGUGAACGCUUUUGUUGUGUUUAAAGGCUUAAAAUUACGAAGCGAAGAAAGCAGCAAAAUGGAUAAAAGUGAGAAGAAAAAUAAAUCGAAAAAGUCAAAUGAUAGUCACAAAAAAAGGCGGUGAAGGCUUAGGCUUUGCGCAAAGAAAAGAUGAGUUAUAUAGAUCAAUGUAUUACUUAGUUUAGUGUAACUUAUUUAAAUAAAUUAAUAAAAAAUAACGGCUCGCUGGAGACGAUUACUUGAUUACCUUAAA